AUGUCAUAAAUAAACAGCGAUUUGUAACAGUAUUCAAAAGGAUUUGAAGGGAACAAUAUGCGUCGCAAUUUGCCAUAUAAUCUUAAUUUGAAUAUAGCAAAUGCAAGACAAAGGACAAAUGAUUUAUAGAAUAGUAACCUCAAAUAAAAAUAGGAAUAGUAGCAAGAAGAUAAAGCGCAUAAAAUAUAAACAAGUUAAAAGUUAAUGUAAAAAUCAUGUAAUAUUAAUAAUAGCAAGUUUGAUACUUACAGCUCAAAUGAUAGUUCUCCUUUUAAAAUUAAUGACUAUGGAGUAGUAUAAAAAAAUAUGACUAACCAAUCAAAUAACAGUUUUGGUAGUGAUAUUUUAAUUCAAAAAUAAAAUAGCAACAAUAGUUCAGAUAAAUAUUUAAAUGAAAAACCAUCCCCUUCCAAAUUUAGCAAAUCAAAAUUCAACUAUUUAAUAAAUGAGUCUCCUUUAUGUAGCAGCAAUGAUCAAAAAAAUGGUAAAAUGUCUUAAGGAAAUGCUUAUCUUUUUAAUAACAAUAAUGAAUUUGCUCUUGAUUAGAAUAACAAUAGAGACACAUCAAUUCAAGCUAAAAAAGAGCUAUUCCUUUCUAAAAUGUAAACUUAGGCAAGCGAAAAUACAAGCUCUUAGCAAAAUACAAAAUAAUACUUUUUUUAGAAAUGUGUUAGUGAAUUAAACUCUCCAUAAGCUUAUUUUCCCAACUAAAAACUCAAUUCUUAUGGUAUGAGUAAAGAGCAAUUUUAUACAAAUAAUGCUAAAACAUGCAUAUUUGAUUAUCAAAGAUCAAAAAGCAAAUAAAAUAGUUCUAACAAUGAGUUUAGCAACAGUAACUCACAAAACUUUAAUUAUUAUAAUAUUACCAAUAAUUAAUUUAAUUAAGCUAUUGAGCUACCAAAGCUAGCCAACAAAUCGAGGUCUGUUAAUAAAUUACCUCUUAAUUUAACUACUAAAUAGUAAUAUAGAUAAAAUAAAGAUAAAUGCUUAAAUAGUUUAAGUGAAUUUGAUGAUAUAUACUAUGAAGAGAAAAGUUAAAAUUAACAAACUAAGAAAUAUGAUUCUAGUAAUACCUAAAUUAACUUGGUAAAUAGAAUAAAUUCUAAAUCUAUGAGCAAUUUAACUUUUGGAGUGUUAGACCGCCAGUCAAUUAAUCACUCUCAAUACUAAUAAAGACAGAAACUAUUAAGAUAGAGAGAAAAAGAAGAGUAUAUGUAAGAAGAAGUUGCUAAAGUUAAGUAGCUAUGGUAAUAGUAUGAGCUCCAGAGAAUAAAAAAUAAAGAAUACAAAUAGUAAUAAAUAUGGUAAAAAUCUGAGCAUGAUGGAAGUAUUGAAUCUCCUUUGAAAUAUCAGAGACAAGAAUAGCUAAAAGACUUAAAGACAAAGCACAUUGAAAAUAAAAAAUAACAAUUUUUUAAUGAAAUGAUCUCAUCUGUAAAAAAAUCUGCUAUUUCUACAAAUUAAAAUACUUCUUUAGUUUAAUCUCCAUUAGAAGGCUAAGGAUUUUUAUUUUCUGCUAGAAAGGUCUCAAAUACAUUUACUAGCACAAGUCCUGAAUCAGCUUUAAUACAAAAAGAAGAUGUAAAUGCAAAAUAAUCCCCAACUUUAAUUGCAAAUAAAAGCGGUGAACUUCUAGAAAGUGACAAACAACCAUAUUAAAGUUUUAAUUAAUAGUUGGAUACCUAACAAAUAAGUAAGACUUAAAGCAAUAUGAUAAUAAGUCCUGAAACUACAAACAAUAAAGAAGAAGAAUUUUGGGAGAGUAUACACAUUUGGGAAAAUAUUAUCAAAGAUUCAUUUGAAAUUAUCAAAAAAGAAAAAAUAGUAUCAAGUUAAGAAUUUAAUUAUUAGCUAUUUUUAGAUUUCUUGAAUAAUGUGGUAGGCAGAAAUUAUCAAAACAAUGAGAAAUACAUGCGUGAAAGUUUGAAGCUGAUUGGAUUCACCCCAGAAGUGAGUGAGAUAGUGCUUGAAAGAAUUUCAAGACUUAUGAGCGAAAAAUAUGGUAUUAGUAAUGACUAAAUAAGUAAAUUUAGCAGUUUGUACAAUUAGUAUGAGAAAGAAUAUUUAAGUUGGAAUCUAAUCGAUAGAAUGGGUGGAAAAGAAAGAAUUAGUGAGGUCAUCAACACUUAUAUCUAGCUUGUUAAUUCGAACCCUAGUAUAAAUGGAGCUUUUAGGCUAUUAAAUAUUUCUAAUGACUCAAUUGGGUUAGCUUUCAAUUAGCUUUUGCACUUUGAAGAAAGGCGCCAUAAGCAAUAUUUUAAGUCUGUUUAAAAUUUUUUUAAACAGCCUCUUUAUCGUGUUUCUCAUACAAAAUUUUUCUAUGCAACUAAACUCUAUUUUGAAAGAGCCAUGUUUAAAAAUAAAAUUCAACCUCAAUACAAAAAUAGAUUAUUUUUACUUAUUGAAUAAAUGAGGUACUUUGUUACACUUCCUCUUCCAUAAGACAUGAACUUAUUACUUCCCAAGUAGAAUAAAUCCAUAAAUUCUGAUCAAUCUUCUUCUCCAACUCAGAAAAAUUAAAAUGAAAACAAGGUGACUGAUACAUAUACUUAAAAGACAGAAUAAAAUGUAGAAGAUUCUAAUAAUGAUGAACAAACAACGAUACCUUAGUUUUGUUACUAAAUUGCUGCAAUUAUGAGAAGCGAGAUGAUGGCUAUGAUUAAAAUAAAACAGGCAUUAAUUAAACACCAAUCUAUCUCUUUAAAUAACAAAGUUGUAUUUGAAUAAUAUUUGACACAGUUGAUAUAAAUUUUUGCUUUGAACAACAACGACUCUAUAGCAUACUUUGAGCUGAAGAAUAGCGAAAAGUAUAGAACUAUUCUUUUACUGACAGAUGACUUUUUUUAUAUUUUUUCUAAGCUUCUUAUGGAAAAUUUAAUUAAAAAUUUUCAUUGCUCUAUUUAUUUUAGCAAAGAUACCCACAAAAGACUAUAACAUGUUAAAAUUUAGUUGAAUAAAUUAAAUGCUUAGCAUUAAACUAAACAAGAUUCUUAUUUUAGUGUCCAAGCUAAUAUUGAAUCAAAUUAUUUAAAUGGAUCAUGCUUCUUUCAUGAGUUAUUCAAUCACCCUAAUCCUAUUGAGUUAAUCUUAGACCGACUAGAUGACAUCUAUCAUAACAAAAGCGAAUUAAACAAGUUAUGCCCAUUUAGCAAAGUUUCCCGUUCAAGAGAUCUAUGUCGCCACAUUCUUAGCUACUUUUACCCAUUUGUAGAUUAAAAUGGAUAUCCGGUGGAUAUUUCUUCGUUUGAUUUCUAAUGCUAUAUUAGCUAAAAAAAGUUAAAAUACGAGUUUUUCGUUGAAUUAAAAAAAGUCCUAAAAGAUCUGUUCUUAAGUUAUUUUAAUUUCCCAAUCACUUUAGUCUAAAGAUUAAUCUAAGAGUAUCAAUAUGCUAUUCAUGGUAUUGAAUAUUUUUAAAAGGGUGAUAAUGGAAAUCUUUUUGGAAUAAGAAGCUAAGAGAAAGCUGUUAAAGAUUUAAAUUACAAUAACUAAUAUGAUGAUGAGAAAUUAGAAUUUUGA